CAGUGUACAAAAAUGGCAGAGACGGAGAAUGAGGUGGAGGUAUUGGUUCAGAGAGUUGUAAAAGAUAUCAAUAACGCCUUCAAGAGAAACCCCAAUAUUGAUGAGAUAGGUCUGAUCCCGUGUCCAGAGGUCAGGUAUAACCGCAGCCCCAUCGUGCUGGUAGAGAACAAGCUGGGGGUGGAGAGCUGGUGUGUCAAAUACCUGCUACCCUACGUCCACAACAAGCUACUGCUCUACAGGCAACGCAAACAGUGGCUGGACAGGGAAGCUCUGGUAGACAUCACCUGCACUCUGCUGCUGCUCAACCCAGACUUCACCACUGCUUGGAAUGUCAGGAAGGAACUGCUACAAUGUGGAGCCCUGAGUCCAGAGAGAGACCUGUACCUGGGAAAACUGGCCCUCACCAAGUUCCCCAAGAGCCCUGAGACAUGGAUACACAGACGCUGGAUACUACAGCAGGUGUUACGGGAGUGCUCUUCCCCCGGGCCGGACAGGAAGGAGCAGGGGGACGGUGAUCGGCAUGACGCAGCAGAGAAGACACGUCUGAGUGAGCACCUCCACAGGGUCCUACACGAAGAGAUGAAGGUGUGUGCCGACGCCGCCGGCCGUUACCCUAGCAACUACAAUGCCUGGUCGCACCGUAUCUGGGUUCUGCAGAACAUGGCCCCGGGCAACCUCAAGGUCCUCCAUGAUGAGCUCUCCUCUAUGCGUCAGUGGGUCUCCAUGCACGUGUCGGACCACAGUGGCUUCCACUACCGCCAGUUCCUGCUCAAGGCCCUGGUCAGGCAGCUCAGCCAGUCCCUGUCCUCCUCCUCCUCUCCCCAGCACUACCAUCCUCAGCCCAGCUCUAACCCUAGACACAGCCCCCACCACCAGGCCAACGGAGAGGCCACAGCAGCAGCCCCCUGCCCCUCUCCCCCCUCCCCAGAGGACCUGGCCUCGGUGCCGGCAUUGCCCCAGCUCUUCCACCAGGAGGUGGAACUAUGUACUGACCUCAUCAAGUCCUUCCCCGGACACGAGACACUCUGGUGUCACAGGCGACACGUCUUCUACCUCUGGCACCACUGGAGGAGGGACCACCACUACGGCCAGGGCUUCGGCAGCGAGUCUCCCCAACCGAACCACACCGAUGCUGGGCUGAGCAGCCACCCUCACACGGCCUGCCCUGGAGGUGUGGGUCUAGACAGGGUGCAGCGCAGGAAUGGACAGGCUCAGGAGGGUCAGGAUGCCAUGGAAGUGGACGGGGUUGGGGUCCCGGACCCCCGUGACACCAAGCGCCUGAAGAGGGGUCCCCCUGGCCCCUGCCCCCCUGCUCUGCCCUCAGAGCACAGCUUCGUAGCCAGUGUCCUGGACAGCUGCCGCUCCCCUGAGCAGGGACGCUUCGCCCUCGCAUACAGGAAGUGGCUGGACUCUGUUAUUGGUCAGUGAGAUAUAGACUGUUAGAAGUUGCCCACCUGCACAGAUCUUAGCAUCCUCUCACCCUUACACAACCCCUAACCUUAACUAUUAGGGCGAGAACUCCUAAGAACUGUCCCUAGAUCAGCGUCUAGUGGCUGGUCAAUUCAUCCUAUUCUUCAAUACUUGUGAAGGGGGCUGGGGGUCUCUGAUAGGUCAAGUAAUUUGUGGCCCCUCCCAAAAAUGCCUGGACUCAUCCGCAGAGCUUUGUCUGGGAAUGGAUAUCUGAGAAGGGCUAUUCUCUGGAAUAGUACAGUGUGUCACCUUGGCCUGUUUGUCUGUUUGUAGUUCAGGUCUCUCUCAAUGUUAGGGACUAGAACAACCAUUCUGUCAGUCCUUUUAGUUGUUUCACUUAUGAGAUCCAUGUCUCGGGUUUCAUUCAUCGUGUCAUUCCUUUUGUUCUCCCACUAACUGUAGAAUAAUAGCCUAUGUGAAGCUGCCAUGGUUAUCCAUCACUAAUCGUGUCGUUUUCUAGUCAGUUCUGCUGACUACUUUGAGAUGAGCAGUGCAGCAAAUAAUGAAUUGUCAACAUACAAAAACAAAGAAGGAAAAAGUAGUCAAGCCAUUACUGAUGUGUCGCUACGGACAACCGUACAACUAUAAAACCUUAAGACAGAGCACAAUCAUGAACCAACCAAACUCUUAAGACCCUAUGAUCUGUGAACCGUACAAGUUAGCCAUCUUAAUAAACCUUAGUGUGCUCUAAAAUAUGGAGUAUGACUAGAUUCUGAAAUACAAUUUUCACAUUCAUUCAUUCAACAUAAACUACCCCCUUUUUUUAGUUCAUGUUAAGACGUGUUUGGAACAAUAUACUCUACUAGUUCAUCACAUUUCCAGAGUGGGCUCUCUGAUCAUACCUUCAAAUUUAGCAAUGUUAUUAUCACCACCAGCACAUUGAAUGGGAAAUGGAUUCAAAGGCAACGCCCUCUGCUGGUGACUUGCUGAAUGUGCAAUCCUAAAGAAGGGCUGUGAUUGGUUCAUGACCUAUGUCAAUUUCUGUGUAAAAUGGGUCUUAUUAUUAAAAGUACCAGAGAUCCAACUAUGGAAAUGUGAUGUUUGAAGAGUAUAUUGUUAUUUUUUAUUGUUGAAAAAUCAAUAAGGGUAGUUGAGAUUAAUAUUUUUUAUGUUGAAUAAAUUAAUGUGAAAAUGUGUAUUUCAGAACACAAAGGACUAUAAAGACAUCAAGAUGUCUGUAUCGUGUAUGGUUCACAAUUCAUGGGUUCUUACAGGAGGCAUGUAUAAGUCUAAGAAGGGCCUUAUUCAAUUAAAUUUCAUCCUGAUUUUCUAAAAAAAAAAAAAUGGUUUGUGAUACAAAUGUAAAAACAAAGCAUGUUAAUAAACACACUUCCUCCCAGUGGAGUUCCCAUGUGAGACCAAUCUGAGAUACCAAAAACAACAUUUCACACUCCUGCUGCUGUGGAAUUGCCCUUAUAGGUUUGAUCUUCGUUGUUGUGUGUCCCAAAUGGCACCCUAUUCCCUUCUUCGUGCACUACUACCCAUAGGGCUCUGGUUAAAAGUAGUGCACUAUAUAGAGAAUAGGGUGUGUCAUUUGGGAGGUACCCUAUUGACUCUCCAGGAGUGGUUGCUGCUUUGUUUCUGUCUGUUCUGUUUCACCCUGUUAGUGGUACUUGCUCUUAGUGAUCAAAUCAAACUUUAUCAGUCACAUGCGCCGAAUACAACAGGUUUAGACCUUACUGUGAAAUGCUUUACUUACAAGCCCUUAACCAACAGUGCAGUUCAAGAAAGAGUUAAGAAAAUAUUUACCAAAUAAACGAAAGUAAAAAAUAAUACAAGUAACACAAAAUAACAAUAACGAGGCUAUAGACAGGGUACAGAGUCAAUGAUACCUGGGAUUGUAUUCAGUGUUAUAUUACGAGACCUUUAUAUAGGAUCAGUUUGGCCCUUAGAUCAUAAUGGUUUCUAUUACAUGGUCAGCCCAGCCAGUCAAUCAACCUUCGAAAAAAGUGUCUAGACGAUAUUUCCCCAUGCUACUAGCCUAGCAUUGGUUUGGGUACAGCGGGGUAAUCGCUAAGUCUGACUGUGUGACUAUCCGACUCCACCGUGUCACGCAUAUAUGAACGUGACGAGACUGACAGCUUCUCUGAUCCAGGGCAAAUGAAUUUAUCAUGACUAUUUAAAAUUAAUAUAUCCAAAGAUAUGCCAAUAUAAACAGUUGAAACCAAUGAAAGUGCACAUAGUUUAUCAUUUCAGCUGCUUGAUGUGACUGUGUUAGCUUUUGUUGGCUAACAAAGGAGAAGUAACGUUAGCCUAGCUAUCCCAUAAGGAGAAGUAACGUUAGCCUAGCUAUCCCAUAAGGAGAAGUAACGUUAGCCUAGCUAUCCCAUAAGGAGAAGUAACGUUAGCCUAGCUAUCCCAUAAGGAGAAGUAACGUUAGCCUAGCUAUCCCAUAAGGAGAAGUAACGUUAGCCUAGCUAUCCCAUAAGGAGAAGUAACGUUAGCCUAGCUAUCCCAUAAAUAUCUUAUUGACUCGACAAUCAGCUGGUUGUUGCCUAUUUAUAAAAUAUUUAUUAAAAUCAUUAUUUAUUGAA